GUGGGCACAGGUGGGUGGCACUGGUGGGCACAUGUGGGUGGCACUGCUGGGCACAGGUAGGUGGCACUUCUGGGCACAGGUGGGUGCACUGCUGGGCACAGGUGGGUGCACUGCUGGGCACAGGUGGGCGGAGCUAGUGGGCGCACUGCUGGGCACAGGUGGGCGGAACUUGUGGGUGGCACUGCUGGGCACCGAUCAUCAGGGCACUGAUCAUCAGUGCCCUGAUGAUCGGUGCCGAUCCUCGCUCUGACAACUGCCGGUUCUCGGCAGUACUUUCCUCACGAUCUGACAGCGUGAGGAAAGUGCAGCCGAGAACCGGCACUUGCAU